AAGUGUGACGUCGUACGUCGGGUCAGCGUGGUUUCUAUGGCGACGCGGAGCUAAUCCUGUUGCUAACCAGAGCUAACAGCGCCGGUUACCGUUCACUGCUAACACCAAAUCGGCUUUUUUUAACACACUGUCUGUGCUAAGAGAAGACAGCUCGAUGUAUCACAGAGAGAAGAGCAUCCAGGUCAAAAACAGCGCCUCGUCGCUGUACAACAACCUCUGCGUGCUGCGCAUCGCCCCGCGGCGCCUCACAUACUUCACGGUGGUCCAUGCUAACGUGGUCAACAUGGUCAGCGCGUCCUGGGACGGACUCAACUACUCCCACCGACAGCUGCAGUCCAAGGAGCCCAAUGUGGCCACAAGCACGUCCCUCAUCAUGCAGGCUGCUUUUUGUGCCCUGCCCUCUCGUGAACUGCUGGUGGUGACCUCUCAGAAAGGCAUCCAGAUGUAUGAAUCUGAUGGCUCCAUCAUGGUGUACUGGCAUGCCCUCGAUACUCCAGAAACACCUACAGUUCAAGCGGUGUUUGCUCGAGGAAUAUCAGCAGUGUCUGAGAGUUAUAUAUGUGUGGGCGUUUCAACUGGUUCAAUUCUAGUAUUUGAUGUUCCCAGUAAAGGCAGUAAUAUUACCUUGUCGGAUGUCCUGGAGGGACACAAGGAGUCCAUCACUGACAUGGCCUCAGAAUGCUGUGGCGGCGAGGUGUGCAUAGCUGAUCUGGUCAGUGCAGAUGAUGGGGGGAACCUGUGUGUCUGGCAGUCUGGGGAGGAAUUUAAGUUACUCAACAAUAUCCCUGGCUUUGCUAUUAGCUGCUCAUCUGUAAAGCUGUGGAAAGGUACAGUAGUGGCAGGUUACGGCACAGGACAGAUUCGUCUCUAUGAGGCAGUGACGGGAAUCCUGCAUGCUGAGGUCAACGCCCACGCUCGCUGGAUAUACUCACUGGACAUUGCUCCUUAUCCUGGGCUGCUGCUGUCUGCUGCUGAGGACUCUCUAGUCAGGGUGUGGCACCUGACAAUGAGCCCAGAGAGCCAAAGCGUGGAGAUUGCCCAUUUGCACAAUGAGUGUGUGACGGACACGCAAAUCUGUGGCGCCAAGUUUUGUGACGGCGAUGGUUAUGCCUUUGCAGUGACAGGCUAUGACCUGAGUGAGAUUAUCCGUUACACACAGGCAUAGGACUACGUAUAUGAAUGUGAAUUUGUUAUAUUUGAGUGUUUCUAGAAAGAUAUUAUGAUCCACAGAGAAAAGUCAAAAAGGGGCCAUGUAAGGGUCAGGAUGGGAUUUUGCAAGGAAAGGGUUAUUUAACAUAAUCUUUUUUUUUACAGUCCUUCUGUCUCUAUUACUGUACCUACAGGAGAUUAGCAUAUAACAACCUAUUUUAAAAGUAAAAAGUAAAUGUAGACAUGUUUACUUGUUUUAUAAUGUAGCUUUAAAAAUAUAUAAAUUAUUCUGUUAUUUCUUCUGAUAUAAUUAUUGUUUCAAGCAGCUGUACCAGUAAAG